UUCCCGGUGCGGGCGGGGCGGCGGGGGCGCUCCAGGCCUGCGGCCCCGGGGCGGCGCUGCCGGGGUCCUGUGCACUGGUGCGACCCACACCGGCACAGGCGCUGACACUGGUUAGGCAGCAGGGGAAGCCCGAGCCGCCGCCGCUGCUGGGCCUGUCCCGCUCCGGUUGCCUCAGCUGGGGCUCCGCCGUCAUCGCGCCAGCUGACGUCACCUCGCUUGCCGUACGAGCGUACGGCCCUGGCGGCCCCGCACUGCUGUACACGACACGCAAGAACCUGCUGUACACCGUACUGUUCAGUCAACUGUCAACGUACACGCACCGUGACCUGACCUCCGAUCCCAGUGCCCUCCGCCUCCCCAAGCGCGAGGGUGAGAUGCUGACCGCCAUGCACGCCGCCAUGCGCCCCGACGCCGCCAUCACCGCCGCCGCUCGCGACGUGGCCGUUCGCGCACUUGAGGCGGGGGCGCAGCUGGUCGCAUGCCCCACGGGAAUAGCUCCCUCCACCUCCCAUGCAACCCCUGCUGCGGGUGUUGCCGCGGCUGCUGCUCCGCCUCCCGCUCAGCGCCUGGCGGACGUGCCGGUGGUGCUGCAGAUGCCGCGCGGCAACCUGGAGGGGGUGGCGCCUCGCGCACUGGUGCUGGCGGCGCUGCUGGCGGCGCUGCGGGGCCGGCAGUACGGCGAGGCGUGGCGGCUGGCGGCGAUUCACCGGGUGGACCUAAACCUGCUGGUUGACUACCGCUGGCCCGCCUUCCUGUCCCACGCCGCCGAGUUCGUGUGCGCAGUUGCGCGCCCCGCCGACCUGUG